ACAGCCUCCAAUCAAAGUUAGGUUGCUCCCUCACUUUCCAUACAGACAUCAAGAUGCAAGGAAGGACUUCUAUGUCGAAUUAGCAUGCCGUCUUCUUGCAAUUAUUUGUAAAUGAUACUUCAUAUAUAUGUUUUCUUAAUUUAACCUUGAAAAUGAAGAUAUUAUCGUAUGUUUUCAUCACUGGACUAACUUUACUCCUUAUUUGUGGAUCAUGCAGUACAGAAGAAACAACACCCAAUGGUGAGACAUUCUGGUGUCACGUGUGUUCUUACACGGUAAAUGAUCAGACUAAUGGGUUCGAUUGCCUCAACAAUACAGACGAAAUGACUGGUCUACAGAGUCGUAUCAAGUGUGGAAAUUAUUGUGUCAUACAGGAACAAUGGGACAAAGAUAAAAAGGAGAUCAAUUCUGUGUUUCGAUCGUGCAGCACUAACUGGGGAAACCAGUGUUAUGAUGACAACAAAUACAUCACGUGCAGAGGCUCGUGCAAGGGAGAAUACUGUAACAACAGCACCGUGACAGAGAAGGACCGCUUCGACGAUUUGUGUGAUCAGCUAUCUUGUGAAAAAUCGGGUUCGUCUGCCAUCCACGGUACCCUGGUGUUACCUGUCAUCUGGCUCAUAGUUUUUCUUACGAUUCGUUUUGGUUGACUUCAAAAAGCUUAUAUAAAAUGUAUAAGUCAUAAUCUGGACUGAAUUGCCCCGAAAUUGAACUGAUAAAUAUAUAUUCGCUGGUGCAAUUUUCUAGGCAAAUAAUCAGAAUCUUGACGUUAUUUAAAUGUCCACAAAUGAGAUAUCUUGUAUAUUAUAUAACAUUGUAUUCAUCGCUAAUAUCAAAACGUUGCAAUAAUUUCUUUUUAUUAAUAUUGUAAUCAAAGUUUGUUUGACCAAUAAAAACAAGAGUAAAUGUUCA